CUUCCUCUUUCCAAGGGCGACACCCUCCCCUGUUCCUCUUCUCUCUGCUCUGUUUCACUCCAAAACUCUCUCUCUCUCUCUCCUCUCUCUCUCUCUCUCAUUGUAUUCUCCUCAAAAUCCUCUGAAAUGAUGAGAAGUUGAGAACACAUCAUCGACAUCAAGUUUUUUAAAAUCAAACUUCCUGUUUUGCAUCCAAUUCAACCUGAACUCUACAUAUCCUCAAAAACAGAGGGGGGAAAAACACAAUACCCAUUAUCGAACUCAUCGAAGAGAUGGCACCUCUACGCCCUCUCCUCUUUCUCCUCCCCUUAAUCUUAACCCAGAGCCCUCAAAUCUCUUCACAAAACCUCUCACCUUCUCAAAUCAAAACCUUGUUUCGCCUCCAACGCAUGCUUGAAUACCCUCCCUCCCUCUCUCUAAUAAACAAUGCGACCAAUUUCUGCUACCUCCCGUCCUCUCCCUUACUCUCAAUCUCUUGUUACGGUACUAGAAUCACCGAGCUCGAAAUCAAUGGCGACAGCUCAGCCCCCUUAUCUCCUUCUUUCUCUGCUGAUUCUUUCUUCACUACUCUCACUAGGCUCCCAAGCUUAACUUCACUAUCCCUUGUUUCCCUCGGACUUUGGGGGCCGUUGUCUCCGAAGAUCGCUAGACUUUCUUCCAUAAGAGACCUCAAUUUGAGCUCAAAUCACCUCUAUGGAGAAAUCCCAGCUGGGAUUUCUUCAAUGGUUAACCUUGAGAGCCUUGUUCUUAGUGGCAAUUCGUUCAAUGGAACAGUGCCUGAUCUUAGAAGCUUAGCAAACCUCACUGAGUUAGUCUUGAAGAACAACUCCUUUGGUGGUAAUGUUCCAAUUGGGUUUGCUUCAUUUGAUCAGCUUCAGAAGCUAGAUUUGUCAAUGAAUCAAUUCAAUGGGAAAAUACCCCCUUCUUUGUUCUCUCUACCGUUAGUACGCUACAUGGAUUUGUCUAGAAAUAGGUUUGCCGGAGUUCUUCCUGCAAAAUUACUUUGCGGGGAUAAUCUUGAGUUUGUCGAUAUUUCGAGAAAUCUUUUGAUGGGUGGAUUGCCUUCUUGUUUGAGUUCUGAUUCUUCAACCCGGGUUGUUUUGAAGUCAUGGAAUUGUUUGAACUCGGUAGGAGAUUCGAGGUACCAACACCCGAAAUCUUAUUGCAGUAGAGAUCCAUUAGCUGCAGUUUUACCUUCUCCAGAGAAAGAGGAAGGGUCCAAGAAGAGCAAAUUAGGCCUUAUAUUGGGAAUUUUGGGAGGGAUUGUAGCUGGUGCUGCGCUUUUGUCUUUAAUGGUGUUCUUGAUUUUCAAGAAAGCAAGACCAGAGGACGUAGGAAGUGUAAAAUUACCAAAACCCAUCACCCAAAAAACAUUGAAAACAUCGGUUCAGGUCUCUCCCAGAACACCAGCAGACACAAGGCAUAUGUCUCAAGCAGUGAGGAUUGGUACGCUCGGGUUGACGCCUUAUCAGGUAUUUACAAUGGAGGAGCUCGAUGAAGCAACAAAUGGAUUUGAGGACUCAAAUUUGGUCUCUGAUGGCCCUCAAGGACAGUUUUAUAAAGGCUGGCUCCAAGAUGGAUCCACAGUCAUGAUCAGAAGUUUGAAGUUAAAACAGAAGCUCUCACCUCAGAGCCUGACACAAUACAUGGAUGUAAUCUCAAAACUCAGGCAUGUUAAUUUGGUCAGCAUCCUCGGACAUUGCAUUCCUAGCAUCCAAGACAACACAAGCACCAACGACACCCUCUUCCUAGUUUAUGAGUCCGUUUCAAAUGGAACGCUUAAGAGUCAUCUUACCGAAUGGAGAAAGAGAGAGAUGCUGAAAUGGCCCCAGAGAGUAUCAGCAGUAAUCGGGGUUGCAAGGGGAAUCCAAUUCCUGCAUACUGUAACUAUACCUGGAAUUGUUGGAAAUGAUCUUGGCAUUGAGAAUAUUAUGUUGGAUGAAACACUGACGGCAAAGAUCAGCAACUAUAAUCUACCCAUGCUAUCAAAGAACAAGAAUAAGAAUAAUAAGGUAGGUUCAGAAAGCCCUUUCAGCACAUUGGAAGAGAACGAUCGAGGAAGUAUUCGUAGUUUAGAGCAAGGUGAAAAAGAAGACGUUCAUCAGCUGGGUCUGAUCCUCUUAGAAAUAAUGACGGGUAAACCCCCAGGAUCCAAGCAUGAACUGGAGGCGCUAAAAGUCGAGCUGCAAGAUUGCUUGAGCGAUGGCCCAUCAAAACUGCGGGAGAUCAUCGAUCCCACAAUCCGAGGCACGUUUGCUUUAGACUCCUUACAAACGCUAGUCGCCGUUGCUCUCAACUGUGUAGCAAAAGAUCACAGAGAGCGUCCAUCGAUAGACGACGUCCUGUGGAACCUGCAGUACUCUGUUCAAGUUCAAGACGGCUGGACCAGCAGCGAUAGCCUCAGCUUUCAUGGGUCAUAAUUUAGCUCACUGAGCUAUAAUGUUCUUUGUUUCGGGCUUGUUCAGUGUUUUGAACGGUAACUUGCUACCGUGUGAGAUGAUGGCAGCAGGUCUUUGUAUAUUUUGUAUCUUCUAUGUUAAGACUUAAAAGAGGGUAGUAAGAGAGAGAAAAUCUGUGGCUCUAGUUAUUAGUCUGUGAAUGAAACGCAUCCUGAAUUCAGAUAUGAAAGGUUAAUUAAUUUUAUUUUA